ACCUACAUUUCGCAACGAUUUCAUAAGCUCUGGAAAACUGUACGAUACCUGGUACCUACCGAACCCCUCGGAGUAAUGAACAAGGACUGCUUGGCGCUGAGUCCGUAUUGAAUUAGAAYCGGUUGAGCAAUGACAAACAUAUUGCUGGUACUUCUGUCAUCCUUUGUGUGCGCUGCGGCGUUCUCGGAGCUGCCCGUGCUGCCAUCGCCAUCCCCGUCGGUUGCGGGGAGGUCUCCGGCUCGAUACCGGAUGCGGAAUCCGACCCUUUCCGCUGGGCCCAAGCCCGAUCUGGAAGAACUGGAACCCGGUGUUUCCGAUUCCAACUUUGGACGAAUGGCCUACUGGGACGAAUCGUACGCCCCGCAAUCGUCGGAGUCCGGACCAAGCGAAGAACCAAACGUCUUUUCGUGGUACUGCGGCUGGGAGGACGAGCUUGGCCCCUUUUUCGAGGAACUGGUGCCCGACAAGGAGUCUCUCGUGCUGGUUCCGGGGAUCGGAAACGACGUGGCGAUCCGGGACAUGUUCGACGUUGGUGGGUACCAGCGGCUGAUGGCCUUUGACUACGCCCCGCAGGGGGUCGAGUGUGCCAGGGCCAUGUUUGGAGAAGACCGUCUCCGGACCAUUUCCGAGCGCCUKGGRCGGGGGCGGCAACCGCCGCAAACGRAAGAUACGGAMRGGAACGGAGUGCUCCGGGUGUGCGAYGCCCGUGAUUUGUCGUCGGAAUACGGCGACAACACCUUCGACGCCGUCCUGGACAAGGGGACCUUCGAUUCCAUCUAUCUGUCGGGAGGAAAAGACAAGGAGAAAGCAAGGGCCAACCUGUCCAUGGCCGUCGCCGAAAUGAAACGUGUGGUCAAGGAAGACACCGGGAUAAUCUUUAGCGUCACUGCCGCUUGCGUAGAUGCCGUCCGGGAAGCCUUCGACAGCGACGAGGAUUGGCACCAGCUGCGCGAUGGAAGCAUGCACAUCACCGAGGACGGUUACGCCAGCAACAACGUGGACGCCACCAUGCUGGCGUGGCAAUURAGGAGGGGAAGCACGGGUGCAGCCGCAACCUAGGACCGAUCGCGUUGUGAGGCUCGCGCAACCGGGCCAAUCGAACCAGCCACRAAUGUAUAGAAAUUG